ACCCUGCCCGUCUUCUCACUCCUCUGCGACAACCAAUCUGCGAUCAAAAUCGCGAACAAGGACGGUUUCGCCAACCGAACCAAGCACAUCGCCCUGCGGUAUUUCUUGGUCAAAGAUGAAAUCGCGAAGGGGAGACUUCAACUCGGUUACUGCCCCACGAUAGAAAUGGCUGCAGACUACCUGACAAAGAAGCUAGCGAAAGCAAAGUUCGAUUACUGCAUGCUACUGACCUGGCAGAUAAACAUCACCGAAUCCGGACACAGCAGCACUCUAGAAACGAAGGGGAGUGCUGGAAAUAUCUCGAGGACUUAAGCUUUUCUGAAGUGCAACACCACACUCGAGGAAGAUCGUAACGGGUACGCGAGUCAACGGAGGUUACACAAGGGGGUGGACAAAGAACACGAAAGGACUCGAAGGGUUGCAACCGGAGGUUGCGACCGACCGUUACAACUGCAAGGAUGGUAACCGAAGCGACAAUCGAGUCGCUGUGCGACUCGAUAACCGCCCUUUCAACUGUAU